AUGCCUUCUGCCGAACCUUCACCGCUUUCCGGCCAAACCAUAUGCGUCACCGGCGCCGGCGGAUUCAUCGCUUCAUGGAUGGUUAAACUCCUCCUCCAAAAAGGCUACACCGUCAGAGGAACCUUGCGAAACCCAGAUGAUGCGAAAAAUGGACACUUGAUGGAGUUGGAAGGAGCCAAGGAAAGGCUAACUCUGCAUAAACUUGAUCUGCUGGAUCUUAACUCCGUUAAAGCCGUCGUUAACGGUUGUCACGGUGUUUUUCAUACUGCUUCUCCCGUUACUGAUAACCCCGAAGAGAUGGUGGAGCCUGCAGUAAAUGGAGCAAAGAAUGUUAUUAUAGCUGCAGCAGAAGCAAAUGUGAGGCGCGUGGUUUUCACUUCCUCAAUUGGUGCUGUCUAUAUGGACCCAAAAAGAAGUGUUGAUGUUGAAGUUGAUGAGUCUUGCUGGAGUGAUUUGGACUUUUGCAAGAACACCAAGAAUUGGUAUUGCUAUGGGAAAGCAGUGGCAGAACAAGCAGCAUGGGAUAUAGCAAAAGAGAAAGAAGUAGAUUUGGUUGUAGUGAAUCCAGUUUUGGUUCUUGGACCAUUACUACAACCCACAAUCAAUGCAAGCACAAUUCACAUACUAAAGUACUUAACCGGCUCUGCAAAAACAUAUGCAAAUGCAACACAAGCUUAUGUUCAUGUUAGGGAUGUGGCAUUAGCACACAUACUUGUUUAUGAAAAGCCUUCUGCUUCUGGUAGAUACUUAUGUGCUGAAAGCUCAUUGCACCGUGGAGAGCUUGUUGAAAUUCUGGCCAAGUAUUUUCCUGAAUACCCAAUUCCUACCAAGUGUUCAGAUGAAAAGAAUCCUCGAGUGAAACCACAUAUCUUCUCAAACAAAAAACUGAAAGAUUUAGGGUUGGAAUUCACUCCAGUGAGUCAAUGUUUAUAUGAAACCGUUAAGAGUCUGCAAGAGCAAGGUCAUAUUCCUAUUCCAAAGAAAGAUGAUUCGCAAGCAGUCAAAUCUUAA